UCUUCCUGGCCACCUGUUGCAUCUUAGUGCGACAGGUUAUCUGCAGAAGCAUGAUCAGAUAAGACUUAACAUGGACAGUUUGUUAUCCAGUGGGAAAUUCACCACAAGAACAAUAAGAUAAUGCCUUUUAAAUGACGAGAGUGCUUUUGAUCCACCAAGGGGCUCAACUGCUUCUAACGCCUAACUUUCUGCACCAGCUUUUGCCCAGGAGUUAAUCCCUUCUUUGUCUUUUGCAAGAUGUCUGUGAGAACUCUGCCCCUGGUUUUCAUUAAUCUUGGUGGAGAGAUGCUUUACAUACUGGACCAACGACUGCGAGCUCACAACACGUCUGAGGACAAUUCAGAAAAAGGGGUGUGGUCAGAGAAUGACAGAAAAAGAGUUCUGAACGACAUCGUUUGGACCAUGUUCAGUAAACCCUUUAUGGACGAACUCCUCAAACCUCAGCAGCUGUAUUCUCACAGGACCCUGAAAACGGUGCUAACUCGGUUAGCGCACUCCUCCAUCAUGAGGCUGAACCCGGCCAGCAUGGACAGGCUUUACGAGCUGAUGAUCAUGGCGUUCAAAUAUCAGGUCUUUGUUUGCCCAAGGCCAAAAGACUUGUUGCUCAUCUCUUACAAUCACAUAGACGCCAUCAGGGAACUUGUAAAAGACACUCCCGCGGUCGUGAACCAAGUGGACGAGACGCAUAGGAAGAUCAUUGAGGUUUACGCGUCUUCAUCAGAAGGCGAAUUCCAGCUGCUCAGACAAACGCUGCUCAUAUUUUUUCAAGACAUGCAUGUUCGCGUGUCACUUUUCCUCAAAAGUCAAGUUCAGAAUCCCAACGGACGCUUUGCCCUGUUGACUUCGGGCCCAGUGCCUCAUAGGGUUGAUGUUCCAGGACUUAUUAGGACGUUUAACAGUAAGGGCAGAGAAGUGAGACGGAGUGAGUUCCCCACAGGAGGAAGUUACACCAGCCCCAUCAGGGAGGGAUCCUUUGAGCUGCAUGGAGACAGAGUCAUCAGACUGGGCACGAACAUGUACAAUGUGAACCAUCCAGAGGAGACACACACAUCCAAGGUUCCCUCUGUCAAGACAGAUGACGCUCCCAACCUGCUGGCCAAAGAGGAGCUCAACCUGUUGGCUCGUCUGAUGGGCAGCAUGAAGGCAGAGAACGUGCCCGGAGUGGAAACCGGCUUUCGGAUCAGCCUGUUUACCACCGACCAGGAGGAGGAGGAGGCGGAAGCUUCAGGUGGAGCUGAGGAGUCCUUGUGCGGAGUGAUAAACAUUCAAGCGAUGCAGGACGAACAGGCUGCUACUGAGCUGGCUCGAAUCGCCGGACAGUUUGCAGAACGAGAAGAGGAGUCGGACAACCCGAGCAGCAGCAAAGGAGACGACCUGCUGGCCAUGAUGGACGACCUCUGACCCUGUUGUGUGGUUUCAAUGAGACACAUGUUUGGUUUCAUGUUUACUGCCUAACUCUGGUGGAUGCCAGACUCUUUAUCUCAGUCUUCAAGAACCCCGGUCUUCCUCCCAUUCAUCGCCAGAUUGUUUCAGCCUAUGUGGUGGGUCCCUUUGUGCAGUUUGGCUUCCUGUGUCCGCUCACCUGUGCCUCUGUGUCUCCGGUCUCUUCCGCCAUCUCACCCACCCGUUCCUGCUGUGGCCGCCCCUCAUCCCCCCUGCGUGUGUGUGUGUGCGUGGAAUAAAACCCCCUUUAAACCUUC